AUGGGAGGGAGCCGUCUUUGGUCGGGUCCUGAGAUUUCCAUCCUUUUUAUUCCGGACCCUCUGUGUCCGCCAGCCGCGGUUACGUCGACGUCCGCGUACGACGCCGCGAUCAGAAUCUACACUUUUUCUCGGAAAGAAUGGGGAAAAAAAAAUUUUCUUUCCUAUGAGACUUGUGCGCGCUCGUGUGCUUCCUGCCUUGUUAUCUGUUUGGACGCUGUUCUGUUCCGAAUUUGUUAUCGUACCAACCAACUCCCUGCCGUUGCACACUUUGCCGGGCCGAAGUGCGCUUGCCUCGAGAUGCAACAAUGGCACCCGCGUCUCCCCUUGAGUCUGUGCGGCGGCGCUCGGCCGCUGACGGUGUGCGAGCCUGCUGCAUUGAGCCGAGCUAUGCCGAGCUGCGCCGAGCUGCACCGAGCUGCACAGGUCUGCGCUGAGGUGCGUGGGCUGCGCUGUGCUGCGCUACAUAACCGUCCAUCUAUGCACCAGCAGCCAUUGUAUGCAUGCACGGCUCGGCGCUAUUGCCGAUGGGCCGCCGAGUCGCUACUGCCUGGACUGACGCAUUCCUGCUGA